GAAAAAUAAUAACUUCUAAGUCAUUUUCUUGUUUAUAUCUCUACUUCCUUAUUUCAUUCCACCAAUCACAACAUAAUGGAAUAAAUAGACUUUUCGGAAAUUAUGAUCGAUUUAACCCGAUCAUGAUCUGAAUGUUCGGAAACUAACUUUGAUCACUGAUCGGUUCGUAGUAAUAAGAUUCUUUUUACCUUUCAUUUAUAUGUCUCUUUCUAUCUUCAGUAUUUUAUCUAUGAUCAAAUAGAUCAUUUUCAUAGACAAAUGAAAGCUUAUCGCAUUUAUUCACCGAUCUAUAAGGCUAGAAAUAAUUUUUAUUCGUCCAUAGGUAGAAAGUAUUCUAUCAUAUGACUACGAGAUUAACUUGAUCAGUUUUCCAAAAUGAACGUGAUCCGGGUUAGUUUCCGAAUAUUCAAAUUGUGAUCGGAGUAAUCCCAAUUUCCUGAAAAUCUGUUUGUCUAUGGAAACAUACACACGAAGAUGUCUAUGGUCAUAUUUGACAGAAUAUUUAUGUUUAACCUAUUAACGAGAUGUUUUAGUUACUUAUUGCUUUAAUUUCAAAAAAAAAUUGAAGAUCUCAAGUGUAAUAAUUAUUGUACGUACAAGAUUUUAGUUUUAUGGAUGAAAUAAUAACACUAGCUUCCGACGAGGAAGAAACCGUUUCUCCUCCUAAAAAGAGAAUAAAUCCAUACGUAUUAAACAACUUACCGAAUGUAUCCAUAACAAAAGUUAGGAAGAUAAAAGAGAAAAGACAAGAUAUAGUAGUUUUAUCAUCGGAUGAUGACAGUGAUGAUGAAAUUAAAAAAAAGCCAGAUGAAAAGGUAGAAUGUACUAACGGUAAAGAAGCAGUUGACGCUAAUAUAAAUAAUGAUAUAAUUCAAAUAGAUGAUGGAGAUGUCGUUGAAAAUAAUAGUGUUAAUGAUAGUAUAGAAAUAAUUGACGCCGACAAUGAUUUGGAAUCGACGAAAAAUUUGGACAAAUCUUGCCAAGUGAUCAGUGCAGAGAGCGAAGAUGCUAACACAAGCAAAGACAAUGAAAUAAUCGAUGACAUAAUCAAUGAUAUACUCGAUGCUAAAGAAUCAGAUGAAUCGGUAGCUAGUCCUUCAGUACCUGACAAACCUCCCAAUACUAUAUUGUUAGAUCAGUUAUUAAAAAUUAUUGAAGAACAAACUCAGGAUGAAAAAUAUACUAUAAUUCGAGAAAAAAUUCCAUUGCUAUUAAGUUAUUACCGUAAACGCAACGAUAAUCUAAAAGAUUGCAACGAUUUCAAAAUCCUUUUAAAGUCUUGUUCCGAGAAAGCUGAAAAAAGUGCCGCAUUAGCAGUGAAAGCUUUCCACGAAGUUUACCAAUACUUGAAGGAACAAGUGAACGUCGAUAGCGUGGAAGUGGAAAAACGUUACAUACCUCAUAUACAGAAAUUAGAAAAAGCAAUUAAACAACUAGUUAAAGUCAUAAAACAUCUGGAGGAACAAGAAGUCGAUUUCGAUGAGGAGGAAGAUUCUGCUUUCAUAAAAUUAGAGAGAUAUAAUAAUCGUUUGGAUAAAAUAUAUAAAAAAUAUUGUGCUUUGUUAAAUAAAAAUCCUUAUAGCGGCCGAUUAACGUACGCAAAAUUGGAUUUCGUCGAUUCGGAUUAUAACGAAAUCAACAGGGCCAUUAGUAAAAAAUUUAGCAACAGAAAGUUUCCUUCUUAUUACGAAAUGGAAAAAUUCAUAGGAAAAGUUGCCAAAGAUAAUAAUUUGAAUUUGAAGGAAGAAAAAAUCAAGAAAGAAAGUAUUCAUUGCUUCAAAAGAUUGGGCGAACUGUUACAAAAUAGACGACGAAAAGAAUUAUACGACAGUCACGUAACGUUGAUCAAAGAUACCGAAGACCCUGCAAAAGAAAAUCCAGAGUUAAAUACAAUUUUGAAACACAAUUUUAUAGAGGGGCAAAAGAAAAUUGACAAAUUGGUCGAAGGGUUUGUGAAUAGGCCGGAGGAAUCUAGUUCGUCACCUAAUGAUUCCGAUGAUUCCGAUAAAAGUGAUGAUGAAGAUGAAGAAGACCAAGAAGAAGAUAAUGAUGAUGGAGAGGGAUAAUGAUUUAAAUAUUAUAUAUGUUUUUAAAUUUUUCUAGUACAGAAAUAUUUUAAUAAAAAAAUCUUUUCUUCCCA